AUGACUGGAAGAGGAGGAAAGGGCGGUGGGAAAGGUCGCUCCAAGGCGAAAUCUCGGUCGUCCCGGGCUGGCCUGCAGAUCCCGGUGGGCCGUGUUCACAGGCUCAUGAGAAAGGGUAACUAUGCUGAACGCGUGGGUGCCGGAGCGCCGUUCUAUCUGGUUGCGGUGCUGGAGUAUCUGACGGCUGAAAUCCUGGAGCUGGCCGGCAACGCGGCCCGGGACAACAAGAAGACCCGUAUCAUCCCCAGGCACCUGUCGCUGGCCGUGCGCAACGACGAGGAGCUCAACAAGCUGCUGGGAGGGGUGACCAUCGCUCAGGGCGGGGUGCUGCCUAAUAUCCAGGCCGUGCUGCUGCCCAAGAAAACAGCUGCUGCGGGAGCCGCUAAAAAGUGAAGCGGACAUUCUUGGAUCUGACUGCCAAAAGGCUCUUUUAAGAGCCACUCACAGUAGCUGUGAAAGGGGCUAAACUUUCCGUCGGAUUCAUUUAUUUUCCUUUUAAUGUGGAGAGCGCUAGCCUUGUCCCGGACAUCAAUAAAUUCCACGCUCCAUUUAAUUGGAUAUUGUUACGGUCUAUGGGAAAAACAAGGGCACAUGUUGGAAACCAGAGUCUAGAUGAGUGCAGUGCUGGAAAAGCACAGCAGUUCAGGCAGCAUCCGAGCAGCAGGAACAUCGAUGUUUCGUGCAAAAUCCCUUCAUCUGAAUGUCUAUGGGAGCAGAGAAAUAAUCGCAUUUUAUGAUAAAUUCUAAGUGUCCUAGACUACAGGAUUUCUUAUUGAACGGUGUUAAAAAUCACAUAACAGGUUUAAUUGGAAGCACACUAGCUUUC